AUGGUCGCCCGCUUCGGACUGCGCUUUGCGCAGCAAACCGCCAGACAAUCCACGACUUCCUUCACUUCCCGUGCACCUUUCCAGCUGAGAAACCCCGUAUUUCGACGAUGGCAAGGCACUGCGGCGAACCCGGCCGUUGAGGGUGCGCCGCAGCAAUCUCUGUUUCAGAGACUUUGGACCAGUGAGGUCGGCAUAAAGACAGUGCAUUUUUGGGCUCCUAUCAUGAAAUGGGGUGUCGUCCUUGCAGGCGCAUCAGACUUCCUCCGCCCAGCCGAGAAACUGUCAUUGACACAAAACUUGGCUCUCAUGGCCACAGGCUCCAUCUGGACGAGAUGGUGCUUUAUCAUUCGACCGAAGAACUUGCUACUUGCUGCUGUCAACUUCUGUCUCUUCCUUGUUGGUACCAUCCAGGUCAGCCGUAUCUUGAUGUAUCAGGCUUCGCAAAAGGGCAGCACCACCGAAGCCUUGAAGGAGAUGGAGAAGGAGGUUGAGGGCUCGGUAAAGAGUGUGGAGAAGAGCGUGGAAGCAAAGUUGUAA